AUGGGGCACCGCGUCACGGUGGUUCGUCCUCUCCUCGUUCUCCUCGCUGCAGUGGAGACCCUUGCCACGAAGUUUCUCAUGGUCGGGCCCCCACUGCAUGCUCCUUCUGAUUCUCUCCCUUCCCCCGCGUGGCGGCGCAUUUUUAAUCGCCCUGGCGUGCCGAAUGCACGGUGGCGGAUGCAGUGUGCUCAUUGGAUGCGAGCUGGGCGAGGCCCUCUGGACACUGCCAGCUCGCAUGCGGUGUGUAAUUUUAAAGGCGUGUCUUCUUCGCCCCGGAAUACCCUGCUCGGCUCGGCGGGCCGGCUGGCGGGCCCCGCUGGCAUGCGCUUCUCCGGCCGAGUGGUUUCCUCGGUUGGCAUCACGUGGUGGUCGUUCGAUUGA